AUGACCUUAAAUCUUCAAAUGUUGAAGCGUUCGAGACUGGUCCACUUGUGUUUGGCCGUUUCCUUCUUCACAUCAGGCGUGGUGGUGAAUUUAACGCAAUGCUUGCUGUAUAUAACAAUUAGACCUUUUAAUAAGUGGUUGUAUAGGAAAAUAAAUUGGUAUUUAUGCUAUACGCUCUAUACACAAUUGGUAUGUUUGGGCGACUGGUGGUCGCAAACGAAAGUUAACAUUUACAUAGAUAGGGAAGUGUUCGAUAAAUAUUUCGGGAAAGAACACGCUUAUAUUAUAAUGAACCACACGUACGAAAUAGAUUGGUUGAUUGGAUGGAUGGUGGCCGAUAGAAUUCAACUUUUAGGAAAUUGCAAAGCGUACGCAAAGAAAGUUAUUCAAUACAUACCUGUAUUGGGAUGGGCGUGGAAAUGUUCGGAGUUUGUAUUUUUGGAGAGAAAUUUCGAAAAGGACAAGGAAACCAUAAACAAGCAAAUUACAGAAUUGGCCGAACAUCCUGAUCCUAUGUGGCUCCUGCUCUUCCCCGAAGGCACCCGUUUCACGCCGAAGAAACACGAAGCCUCCGUGGAAUUCGCCAAUAAACACAACCUGACCCCGUUGAAGCACCACCUCCUGCCGAGGACCAAAGGCUUCGUGGCCAGUUUGCCCUCGAUGAGGGGCAAAGUGCCGGCCAUCUACAACGUAGAGCUCGCCUUCGACGAGCAGGACCCCAUCAAACCGACGGUCACCAAUUUACUGCUGGGCAAACCCACCGAAGCUCACAUGUACUUCCGCAGGAUUCCCUUCGAAGAAGUACCCGCCGAGCCCGCCCAACAGGACGAGUUUCUCAAGCAGAUGUUCGUCGAUAAAGACAAAUUGAGAGAUAGUUUCCUGAAGACUGGCGAUUUCUUCGCGACGUCCGGCGUCCCGCGCGUGGAACCAUUCCAAGUGCAGGCCCGGAUUUAUUCUGCGCUUAACAUCGUUUUGUGGCAAUUUGUAACGCUACUGCCGAUAUCUUACUAUUUGGUUAAGAUGCUCUUCAGCGGAGAGUUGGUGUUGUUCUCGAUUGGUGCCGGCAUCAUCGGGGCUUUCUUCCUGUUAUUAAAGAAAACCAUUGGUAUGACUGAAAUCGACAAGGGAUCAUCGUACGGGGCUGGAUCGGCUUCAUCGAAAAAGAUUCACUAA